UACACAGAUAAGGGAACGUGUUAUCUCUAAUUUGCGUAGAAUUCUAGUUCUAAUUUAGUUGAAAAUCAUUCCCGAGCACCUUUAAACGCUUGGAAAAAUGACACUGGAAGCCAUCAAGUACAAGCAAGGUCAGCUGCAGAUUCUGGAUCAACUGCUGCUGCCCGGCGAAUCCCGGUACAUCAGUAUUGCCGGCGUGGAGGAUGGGUGGCGGUCGAUUAACACCAUGCAGGUACGGGGAGCACCAGCGAUUGCCAUCGUUGGCUGCCUGUCGCUCGUGGUAGAAAUCUACGGCAAACAGUAUGAAACUAAGGAGGAACUGCACGCGGAACUCAGCAAGCACUUACAGUAUCUCGUUACCUCCCGGCCGACUGCCGUUAAUCUGAAGCUGGCCGCCGAUGAUGUACUAGCGCAAGCGAACAACUUACUCGACGAAAAGACAACAGAUGCUGAAACCAUGAAGAAAAGCAUUAUCGAAUCGAUCGAGCAGAUGCUGGAGAAAGACAUUAAAGACAAUCGGGCAAUCGGCGAUAACGGUGCCAACGUUUUGUUAAAAGGCAUCGAUCGACCGCUGAAGCUACUAACUCACUGUAAUACUGGAUCAUUGGCCACUGCAGGUUACGGUACGGCUCUUGGCGUGAUAAGAAGCGUACACGAAAGGAAUCUCUUAGAACACGUCUACUGCACCGAAACUCGUCCCUACAACCAAGGGGCACGUUUGACGGCAUAUGAGUUGGUUCACGAUCAACUACCGGCAACCUUGGUGACGGAUAGUAUGGUCGCAGCAUUAUUGCAUACGAGGAAGAUCGAUGCGAUCAUCGUUGGAGCGGAUCGUGUCGCGGCGAAUGGUGACACGGCGAACAAGAUCGGUACCUACCAGAUAGCCGUCGUGGCCAAACACCAUCAGGUGCCGUUCUACGUUGCGGCACCUUUUACUUCGAUCGAUUUCGAUAUUGAGGAUGGAUCGCGUAUCCGUAUUGAGGAGCGCCCUGAAAAAGAACUAACCCAUCUAGGAGGGCAACGGAUUGCGGCUCCAGGAAUCGGCUGCUGGAACCCAGCCUUCGAUGUUACGCCAGCCGAACUGAUCACUGGUAUCAUAACUGAGAGUGGUGUAUUUAAACCAAGUGAGCUAGCCAAACAAAGCAAAGCGAAAUAGGGGUUUCGUUUUAGUUAACUUUAUCAAGAAACAACCGGAUCGAUCAAUAAAAUAUAUGCUAAUGUUUGUUGAACUCUGAUUAUGGACAACUGUUGUAAGUUAA